AUGAACUACCUUCUAUUCUUUCUAUUGGUUACUGUGACUAUCUGUCAAGAUGAAUACGGUUGUGAAGACUGCGAAUGCCCGGAUCUUCUCGAUAAACUUUUUUAUCCUUUUAGAAGCGAAGUUUUGUAUACUGAAGAAGCGGGAUGUGUCAGAAAUCUCACCUGUAAAACUGAUGUCUCGACCUUCGUGAGAUUUAAUUUCACCGACUCCGAAAUCCCUCGUCCUGAUGAUUCUUACUAUGACGCAUAUGCCUUAACUUCCGAGAGUCCCGAGGUACCAACAGGACCGAAUAUCAAUAUAUUCCAAUUUUUUGGAAUGAUUUGUGAGAAUAAUGAAUGGUAUAUCACCAAGUACCCGAGCGGAAUUUUUUAUGGAACCUUUAGUGGAGAGGAAUCAGUAAUUGGAGCCAACGGAGAACUUGACGGGAAAAAGGCGAAAAUUUUUGGAAUUCAUUGCGAACCUCCAUCACAAUAA